CUAGUUUAAAAAAGUGUCGGUUGAUAAUUGGGUACCAAUUGAGCAGCAAAACAAAAUCUAAAAUUAAAAUAUAUUAGAAAAGUCAUUGGGUUGAACGAAUCGGCGAAUAAAGUUACAAUAACACAACAUCGAUUGUGUAAUCGGUUGGUCACCAACAUACAUAAUUGAAAAAGUAACCGAACUUUUUUCCACUCCUGAUGAAGUUUAGUCCGAUUCAGCAAAAUGCAUACCAAACUGGUCUGGCUGUUUUUCUGUCAUUUGAAUUCAGUUUGAUUUCGAGUCGUGUCUAUUUUUGUAGCGUAUUAGUUGCCGCUUACCACUAAAAAAAAGUGACAUACUCUGGCAAAUACAUAGAGAGAGAGACGGACACGAAUCGACCGAUGAGCAAACAUCGCACCAUUACCACAACAUAUGGAAUACUUACGGGCACGUCCUUUCCGAUCAUUUGCAAUAGCACGAUAGAAUGUCAAGCGAACGAAAUUAUUUAGUGCAAUGAAAAAAAUGAGCAGCAUUGUGACCAAUUGUGUUUCGAUAUAUGUAUGCUGAAUCUAAAAUGAGGAUCGUUUUGUUGGCUUUCUUUUUUUGUUGAACUUGCCUGCAUUUUAAUGAAGCAAAGCCGAUGCGCGAGAUGUAUGUGUGCAUAAACCAAAUAGUGGAAAUCGUGUUUUAUUAACGUUGAAACUGCACAUUUAGCAAAUUUGUGCAGAAGACUAAACGAAUUACCGAGACUGAACUCAUCACUUGAAAUAGGAUUAUUAGCCACAAUCGUAUUAAAAACCGAUGGUGCAACACAUUCGUAUCGAGAUCCAGAUAGAAAGAGACACACACAGAGAGACGAGUUGCAGGGAAAAAAUCUCACGCUCGGGAGCCCAGUAAAUGUGAAAUCUACCGAAAAUUGAAUUAAUUCGGACAAUAUGUGAAUGCUGUUAGGCUUUUCCAACCACGAUACACAAACAUUUUCAAUGCGAUGUGCAUGCAGAAUUAACGAAAAUAUUUGUUAUCUUAAAAUGGUGUGAAUAACAAAAAAAACGGGACACAACCACAUUCGUAAAAGCUUUGGGCCGAAAACAAAAAUAAAUUUCUGCUUCGCUAUUUACACUGCAGGAAAUUGCUUUCAUUUUCUUCUUCUCUCCACUCACUCUCUAUUGCUCAAAGUUUACAUUUCAACGUGCAUAAUAUUACACCUAUAAGGAGAGAGCAAAAAAAAACGACACAUCUGUAAAACUGUGGCAGAAAAAAGGUAUACUUAAAGGAAAUCGGCACCUGGCUGUUGUUAUGAUGUAUAAUUCGUUGAAGUGCGUGUGCAAGGACCGACUGAAAAGCGAAAACAACAAUACCUAAAAGGAACAAUCCAAAAUAAAUUUCAAAAGAACAUAAAAAAGUGCGUGGUAAACAACCGUAAAAAAGGUAAAAUUGCAGCUUUGCCUUUGAAUAAGGCGAAUAAAGAACAGAAAAAAACCGAUUUGUUUGAACAUAACAAAAGAAGACUCUCACUCGAUUUUUCUCCUCUGUCUAUGAGCUCGCACUCGUAUAAAAUAACGAAAUUGUAAAUUCACUGGAGAUUGUGUCAGUAAUUUUGUGAAUUAUCUCAUUUAAAAAAACAUUUUCGACAACUUGCUGCACAAAAUAAAUCAUAGCCACUCCCGAAAACAGAUACCAAAGGCAUUCGAAAUAUUUGAGAGGUUUUUUUUGGCUCCUCUCGGUUGAGUUUUUAAUACGAGAAUAUCCAAGUUGAAAUUUCCAUAGCUGAACAAAAAAAAAAAAACAACAAGAUCGACAGCCAUUUUUUGCUGGAUUAACGCGCAAACCUCAAACAACUGUUUGAUUUUGUAAAAUAUUAAACAUUCCUUUAAGCCCCCGGAUAAUUUCGUAAUGUAAAUUACCACAUGAAUAAAAGAAAAAAUUGAAAACAAACAGAAAAUCAACGUACGGUUUUUUGGUACAAACUUAUAUCAUACAGUGCGGAAAAAUGUGUUGCAUACUUGCUACCAAGUUGGAUAAAAUGAAAAACUGAAAGUAGCAAUCAUACAUCAGCCGUCAAACACAAUAAUAACAACAACAUUACUUACUGUAGAGCCACAUAAAAAAAACACCACCCGAAUUGUGACGAGAGCCAAAAAAGCUGAUACCGGUGUUGGGAACUGAUAGGAAUAUAAUGCGGUGAACAAUAACAAUAUGUGAGGAUGGAAACAUUUAUUGUGUUGGGAUUUUGCUUUAUAUUGUACGAGGCGUUGGAUUUCUUCCAAAGCUGUUACAGCAACAAUAACAGACAUCAACAACAGCAUCCGCAAUUCAACAAGGACAUUAAUGCCACUGAUACAAAAGAAACUGUCGAUAACAAUGAUGAAAAUGCGACCAAUUUGCAAGAUAUAAUUACAUCGGUGUCAUUAAGUGAUGAAAACCAUGUGAAACACAGCAGUGAAUUCAAUUUACCAAGUUCAAGUCAUUCAAAUUAUGAGCGUAACAAUAGUGUUGAUUUUGAAAGCAUUCGGUCAUAUGACAGUGAAGAAACAAUUAUAAAUAAUCAAUCAAAUCGCAAGAUCUUUUCAAUUUGCGAUCGUGUUAACAAUGUUAAUCGUCAACCGUUGAUCGAUUAUCAAAGCGAAACAAAAAACCAAAACUACAUUGACUAUGAUAAAUUAAGUACAAGCUAAGCAUUACCACCGGAAAUUAUAUAAAACAUCGACAGAGCUCGUAUAUACAAUACACAUCCAUAAUCAUGAUGGAUAGCGAACGUGUACGCGAAAGUAUGAAAACGUGCAAUUGUUUCACGCUUGUUGGAGGUGAAUUUGAUAUGGAACUGAAUUUCGUGAUUCAGGAUGCCCAGAAUAUCAAGCACAUGCUGGAGCUAUUGGAUCAUUGCCCCCCGAAUUUACAGGCGGAAAUAUGGAGCGUAUUUAUAGCGAUAUUACGUAAAAGUGUACGUAAUUUACAGGCGUGCACCGAUGUAGGAUUAAUUGAACACGUUUUAAUGCGACUGCAACGUGCCGAAACUGUUGUUGCUGAUUUACUGAUUGAAAUGUUGGGAGUGUUGGCAAGUUAUAGCAUAACAGUGAAAGAGCUUAAAUUAUUAUUCGGCGCAAUGAAAGCUAUGAACGGGAAAUGGCCGCGUCAUUCAGCCAAAUUACUAAACGUUUUGCGUCAGAUGCCUCAUCGAAAUGGACCAGAUGUGUUUUUUAGUUUUCCUGGGCGCAAGGGAUCGGGUGUUGUGUUGCCACCGCUAGCGAAAUGGCCGUAUGAAAAUGGCUUUACGUUCACAACGUGGUUUCGACUGGACCCCAUCAAUUCCGUCAACAUCGAACGAGAGAAACCGUAUUUAUACUGUUUCAAAACAUCCAAAGGCGUUGGAUAUACAGCCCACUUUGUUGGAAAUUGUUUAGUAUUGACGUCGAUGAAAGUAAAAGGCAAAGGCUUUCAACACUGUGUUAAAUACGAAUUCCAGCCCAGAAAGUGGUAUAUGAUAGCCAUUGUUUAUAUAUACAAUCGAUGGACUAAAAGUGAAAUAAAGUGCCUCGUUAAUGGUCAAUUAGCAUCAAGUACGGAAAUGGCGUGGUUCGUUUCGGCUAAUGAUCCAUUUGAUAAAUGUUAUAUUGGUGCAACACCUGAAUUGGAUGAGGAACGUGUAUUCUGCGGUCAAAUGGCAGCAAUUUAUUUAUUUAGCGAAGCGUUAACAACACAACAAAUUUGCGCAAUGCAUCGACUAGGUCCCGGUUACAAGUCCCAAUUUCGAUUCGACAACGAGUGCUACCUUAAUUUACCGGACAAUCAUAAAAGGGUGAGUGUUGCAACAGCUUCUAGCGCUGAACCAUUACCUUCAACCGCUUCAUGUUCGACGUCUAUAACUGGUGAGGUGAUCGAUAGUAGCACCGAUUUAUCAUCGAUUGCCGCACUUAAUGCAUUUUUGCCGAACAUAGCUGCUAUACCAUUAACGGAGGCCAGUGUGGCACCUACUGCUACUACACCUAGUAGCCUUAAUGCCAAUAAUUCUGCUAUUGAUGAACAUUGUUUUGCAUCCGUUCUUUAUGACGGAAAGCUAUCAAGCGCAAUUGUAUUUAUGUACAAUCCAGUAGCAACCGAUGGCCAACUGUGUUUGCAGUCUGCUCCAAAAGGAAACGUUUCAUAUUUCGUGCAUACGCCACAUGCUUUGAUGUUACAGGACGUUAAGGCUAUCGUAACACAUUCAAUUCAUAGUACUUUAAAUUCUAUCGGGGGGAUACAAGUCCUUUUUCCAUUAUUUUCACAACUGGAUAUGCCAUACGAUGGUUGUAGUGAUAUAAAACGAGAUCCAGCAUUAUGCUCCAAAUUACUAGGCUUUAUAUGUGAGUUAGUUGAAAGUUCACAAACCGUGCAGCAGCACAUGAUACAGAAUCGUGGAUUCCUUGUUAUAUCGUUCAUGUUACAAAGAUCAUCGCGUGAACACUUGACACUCGAUGUACUUAGCUCGUUCUUAAGUUUAACAAAAUAUCUGGUGACCUGUCUGUCGGCGAACAGCGAUUUGUUGCUAAAACAACUUUUCUGUUUUUCAUUUUUAACGUGGCAGCUGCUGGAUCAUGUGCUCUUUAAUCCAUCGCUGUGGAUCUAUACACCGGCAAAUGUACAAGCACGUCUCUAUUCGUAUUUGGCCACCGAAUUUUUGAGCGACACCCAAAUCUACAGCAAUGUGCGUCGCGUCAGUACUGUUCUUCAAACCGUUCACACGCUUAAAUUUUACUAUUGGGUUGUGAACCCACGAGCAAAAAGCGGAAUCGUACCAAAAGGAUUAGAUGGUCCACGUCCAGCACAAAAAGAUAUCCUCACUAUUCGAGCGUACAUUUUGCUAUUUCUGAAGCAACUCAUUAUGAUUGGCAAUGGUGUGAAAGAGGAUGAGUUGCAGAGCAUUUUAAAUUAUUUAACCACAAUGCACGAAGACGAAAACUUACACGAUGUACUUCAAAUGUUGAUAUCUUUGAUGUCGGAGCAUCCGAGCUCAAUGGUACCGGCCUUCGAUGUUAAACAAGGUGUUCGAAGCAUAUUCAAAUUGCUGGGAGCCGAAAGUCAAUUAAUCCGAUUGCAAGCGCUAAAACUAUUGGGAUUCUUCUUGUCACGUAGCACACACAAAAGAAAAUAUGAUGUAAUGUCACCGCAUAAUUUGUACACACUACUGGCUGAACGAUUGCUACUCUACGAAGAAUCACUGUCGUUGCCCACAUAUAAUGUCAUUUAUGAAAUCAUGACGGAGCACAUCUCGCAGCAAGUUUUAUACACAAGACAUCCAGAGCCAGAAAGCCAUUUCCGUCUCGAAAACCCAAUGAUCCUGAAAGUAGUCGCCACACUUAUUCGACAAUCAAAACAAACCGAGCAGUUGCUUGAAGUGAAAAAACUAUUCUUAUCCGAUAUGACGUUGCUAUGCAAUAACAAUCGUGAAAAUCGACGUACCGUACUGCAAAUGUCUGUGUGGCAAGAAUGGCUUAUUGCCAUGGCUUACAUUCACCCCAAGAAUAGUGAAGAACAAAAAAUAUCCGAUAUGGUUUACUCUUUAUUCAGGAUGCUUUUACAUCACGCAAUCAAACACGAAUAUGGUGGCUGGAGAGUGUGGGUCGACACACUAGCAAUCGUUCAUUCAAAGGUUUCGUAUGAAGAAUUCAAGCUUCAAUUUGCUCAAAUGUAUGAGCAUUAUGAGAGACAUAGAACCGACAAUAUAACCGACCCAGCACUAAGACGAGCACAUCCAAUAAGUACGAUAAGCGGUUGGGAUCGUGAUCAUGACCAAUCAACUGAGAAUUCAACGAAAAAUGGUCAAGUAUCAAACGAUAAAGCAAUUACCAACCCACUAGCAAAUGAAUCACAAUCGGAACAACCGUAUAAAGUUAGUAAAAGCGAACAAACUGAUGAUGUUGAUGUGGUUGGUUUGGAGAAUGUAAAGUGUGUGUGUGAGGAGAGUUCGAAUCAAGAUGAAAUGAAUCUAUCGAAUAGCACAGACACAGCCAAAGAGCCAUCAGCUCAAAUUUUUAAUUCCAAUGAAUCAAAUAAGCCAAUGCAAUCAAUUUCAAGUAUUUCACAAGUGUAUAAUGAACAGUUAACGGGACAAUCGAUUGUUUGUAAUGGUGAUUCGGAGCACGCAUUUGGUGAUGAUGAUGAUGAUGACACUACGAAUACAUCAACCAAACAAGUUAAUGCGAAUGGUGAUGGUAGCACAUCCGACUUAAAUGCACUACGCAAAACACUUGAAAUCGAUAGCUACGAUAUGAACGAAGCGAAUUCAAAAGAAAUUGUCGACGAAAUUGUUGAGGAGAUAUUGACGAAAAGCGAACAUUUACUGGAUGAUUGCAAGCGGUCAUUGGAUGAAAACCAUCAACAUUUGGACGAAACGGAAAGCACAUCAUCGCCAGUUAUAAAAGAUGAAGAAAUCGAGCAUGCUGUUAGUGAGGUGGUGAAAGGUGUACGAAAUAUUGAACGAAAAGUGAAACGUGAUAGUGAAAAUGAUACGGAUUCACCGAAUACCGAAACGGAUGCGAAAGUAAAUCAAACCGAACAGCAAAAUGUCGAACACUUAACUAUAUCACCGAGCAGUGAAUCAUUUGAGCUACAAAAUGAAAAUCAAAAGACUGAACUAGCGGUAUCGAAUGCAGCAAUAGGUGAAACCAAUAAUAUUUUGAAUGAUGACAUUGAAGACAAUGCAAAUAUUCCGAUUGAAAAAACGACGUCUACAAAUACAGAAACCGAUGAAAUAAAAGACAUCGUCACGACUAUUGUGAACGAUGUGAUUGAAAAUUGCGUAAAUCAAACCGUCACAGACAAUGUUGGCGCAUGUGAUAAUGAUGUGAAUAUGUCCAUAAUUGAUAACAUCAACAAUAAUAGUUCCGAAGUAACCACAAACGAUAACAAUGAUAAUGCGAUAAUUGUCGAUGACACAAUUACUCAAACUACCGAAAUUGUGAGCACACUGAAUGCACCAACAAAUGAAGCGAUGACCGAAGAAACAAACGAAGAGAUAAUCAAAGGUAUUGUCAACGAAAUUGUCGAUAAAUGUGUUGAGAGCGAGAGCGAAGCCAUUAUCGAUAAUGAUGAUAACAAUAAUGAGGAAGAUAUUACACCGAAUAAAGCAGCGAAUGAGACAAUCAUCUCAGAUGCUGCAAGUGAAUCAUCAAAUGGCGAGCAGAUAAAUAGUGCCAAAUUUACACCGGCAACCACAACCGAAAAGCCAGACAAUAGCGAUGACAACACCGCCCAAACGAACGACAAUCGAAACAACAAACCAAAUCGAUCACAAGGCACAUCGAUUAGCACAAGUACACAAGUUGAAAACAAUCAUUUCGACCAAAGACAAAACCGCUCCAAAUCAACUUCCAAUCGACCAAUGUUCAGCCCGGGACCAUCACGCCCACCAUUCAGAAUUCCAGAAUUCAAGUGGUCGUACAUCCAUCAACGACUUUUGUCAGACGUACUAUUUUCACUUGAAACUGAUAUACAAGUUUGGAGAAGUCAUUCAACAAAAACUGUCUUGGACUUUGUUAACUCAAGUGAAAAUGCAAUCUUUGUCGUCAACACUGUACAUCUAAUAUCACAGUUGGCUGAUAAUUUAAUAAUUGCUUGCGGUGGUCUAUUGCCAUUGCUGGCCAGUGCAACUUCGCCCAACUCUGAACUAGAUGUGUUGGAACCAACGCAAGGCAUGCCAUUGGAAGUGGCUGUUUCAUUUUUACAACGUUUGGUUAACAUGGCUGACGUGUUGAUUUUUGCUAGCUCAUUGAAUUUCAGUGAACUGGAAGCCGAAAAAAAUAUGUCAAGUGGUGGCAUAUUGCGACAAUGUCUACGAUUGGUGUGCACAUGUGCCGUGCGAAAUUGUCUUGAAUGUAAAGAACGAACACGAUAUUCGAACGGCGGUUUGCCGCGUGAUGUUCCUGGUGCUGCUCAUUUGCAAGCUCUGAUUCGAGGGGCCCAAGCAUCUCCAAAGAAUAUUGUUGAAUCAAUCACUGGUCCUCUCAGUCCGGUCAAAGAUGUAGAGAAACUAUUACAAGAUAUGGAUGUGAAUCGGCUUCGUGCUGUUGUUUAUCGGGAUGUGGAUGAGACGAAGCAAGCACAAUUCUUGUCGCUGGCCAUAGUCUAUUUCAUAUCAGUAUUGAUGGUGUCUAAAUAUCGUGAUAUACUGGAACCACCUGCAGAGCCAUCAGUGCGGGCAUCACCUGUGGCACAACGCAUCCCACAAAAUCAAGAAACAUCAGCAAGGCCAUUGUUUCCGCAAUGGUCACAUCAUGUGUAUCCACAAUUUUUACCAGGUUCACAUCCAAACUAUCAAAAUUCAACGAAUAUGCAUCAUAAUCACAGUAAUAAUCUAAAUAUGCCACGUAUUUCGUCGCCCUCUACUCCAACAACAACACCAACGUCUACAACAAAUCUGUCACAAACUGUUCUCAAUUCCUCAAAAGCACAACCUAAUCAUCAUUUGCAUAAUCACUACCAUUAUCCGUUGCAUCUUCAGAAUAAUAGCCAUCAUCAGCAACAGCAGCAGCAGCAAAUCCAUCGCAACCAUACACACAUGAAUGGUGCGACAUCAUCUCAUAUUCGAAAUCGCAAUCACAAUAAUAAUGCGUCACAUAAAAACAUUAUACUCAAUAAUAACGAUUAUCAAUUUAGGACCGAUUCAGGGCAACGAAAUAUCCAAGACGGCGACUACGAAGUAAUUGUCGUCGAUGAAAAUAAUUCAUCAGUUUUAGCUGACGAUUCACAUUCAAGUGGACCACCGUCAAUCAAGCAGCCACCAACAAUAUCAAAACAAGUGUCAUCUCCAACACUUUUUGUACCCGUAUCAACAAAUAUUCAACCACUAUCGCCACCAAAACCGUUCCCAAUCGCGCCUUUGCCAGUGAAUACAAUCAAAACGAUAGAGAAAAAGAGUGUUGAUUCGGAUGGUGCUUCCCUUAACAUGAAUUCAACUGAAAAUGACGUACAUGAAACAUCUAGCGAAAUAAUGAAUGAUGACAACAAACCAACGAAUUCAAACGAUGAAAGCUGGACAGAUGUUAAUUUAAAUGAAGAUGGAAGCGAUAGAAUUCGUGAUAUUGAAGGAAAUAUCCAUCAUUUACAACGAGGUGAAAAGCCCGAUUCGGAAAUAUCAGUUGUACGUGUUCCUGACAAUUAUACAAUGAACGCCAGUCGUUCCCAUCGUCCUGAGGAUAUGCAAAUGAAACCACCGCUUAUGGGCCAAUUGCCAUUGUCAACGCCAUCCAGAGAAGCAAGUCUAACGCAAAAGCUAGAAGUGGCAUUGGGACCGGUGUGUCCAUUAUUGCGUGAAAUAAUGGUUGACUUUGCGCCAUUUUUAUCGAAAACUUUGGUCGGAUCGCAUGGUCAAGAGCUGUUGCUGGAAGGAAAAGGACUGACAACAUUCAAAAAUAGUCAAUCGGUGGUUGAGCUUGUAAUGUUGCUGUGCUCACAAGAGUGGCAAAACAGUUUGCAGAAACAUGCUGGUUUAGCAUUUAUCGAACUGAUAAACGAAGGGCGAUUGUUAUCGCAUGCAAUGAAAGACCACAUUGUACGUGUUGCAAAUGAAGCUGAAUUCAUAUUGAAUCGUAUGCGUGCCGAUGAUGUGUUGAAACAUGCUGAAUUUGAAGCACAGUGCGCGCAAACACUAUUGGAACGUCGUGAAGAGGAGCGAAUGUGUGACCAUUUAAUUACCGCUGCCCGUCGACGUGAUAAUGUGAUUGCAAGUCGACUAUUAGAAAAAGUUCGUAAUAUUAUGUGCAACAAACAUGGUGCAUGGGGUGAAACAAGCGGAACCGUAUCGAAACAAAUAUUUUGGAAGCUUGACGCAUGGGAAGACGAUGCACGUCGUCGAAAACGAAUGGUACAAAACCCAAGAGGUUCAACGCAUCCACAGGCCGCACUCAAAGCGGCACUUGAAAAUGGUGCACCCGAUGAUGCUAUAUCACAGGCACGCGAAGAAUUCCAUUCCCAAAUUGCAAACACGCGAUCUCAACAUGGAACAGCUCAUAGUGGUGAUUUGCUUGAUGACGCCGAGCUGCUCAUCGAAGACCGUGAACUGGAUUUAGAUUUAACCGGUCCCGUGAAUAUAAGCACAAAGGCCAAACUAAUUGCACCAGGUUUAGUGGCUCGCGGUACUGUUUCGAUAACAAGCACUGAAAUGUAUUUCGAAGUCGACGAAGACUGUGAAGAAUUUCAAAAAAUUGAUCCAGACGUUAUUAAAUAUUGUGAUCAUUUACACGGAAAAUGGUACUUCUCCGAAGUACGUGCUGUAUUUUCCCGCCGAUACUUGCUACAAAAUAUUGCAUUGGAAAUAUUUUUAGCAUCACGCACAUCGAUACUAUUUGCCUUCCCCGAUCAACAUACUGUGAAAAAAGUGAUCAAAGCAUUGCCGCGUGUUGGCGUUGGCAUCAAAUAUGGAAUACCACAAACACGGCGCGCAUCAAUGAUGUCACCUAGACAACUAAUGCGAAACUCGAAUAUGACACAAAAAUGGCAACGACGCGAAAUUUCCAAUUUCGAAUAUUUAAUGUUUUUGAAUACAAUCGCCGGUCGUACAUAUAACGAUUUAAAUCAAUAUCCAAUAUUCCCAUGGGUUCUCACCAACUAUGAUUCGAAGGAGCUGGAUCUCAGUCAACCAUCUAAUUAUCGUGAUUUGUCAAAGCCGAUUGGUGCAUUGAAUCCCAGUCGACGCGAAUAUUUCGAAGAACGCUACGAGAGUUGGGAGAAUGAUACAAUUCCACCAUUUCAUUAUGGCACACAUUAUUCAACGGCUGCAUUUGUUUUAAAUUGGUUGAUUCGUAUUGAACCAUUCACCACAAUGUUCCUUGCACUACAAGGUGGUAAAUUCGAUCAUCCGGAUCGAUUGUUCUCAUCGAUUUCGUUGGCAUGGAAAAAUUGCCAACGGGAUACAUCUGAUGUUAAAGAAUUAGUUCCUGAAUGGUAUUUCUUACCUGAAAUGUUUUAUAAUUCAUCGUCAUACCGAUUGGGUACACGUGAGGAUGGUGUUACUGUUAAUGAUGUUGAGCUUCCACCAUGGUCAAAAUCGCCCGAAGAAUUUGUUCGCAUUAAUCGAAUGGCUCUCGAAUCUGAAUUUGUGUCAUGUCAAUUACAUCAAUGGAUUGAUUUAAUAUUCGGCUACAAACAACGCGGACCCGAAGCCGUUCGUGCCACAAAUGUUUUCUACUAUCUUACGUAUGAAGGCAGCGUCGAAUUAGAUUCAAUAACCGAUGUUGUUAUGAAAGAAGCGAUUGAAAAUCAAAUUCGUAAUUUUGGCCAAACGCCAAGUCAAUUACUGAUGGAACCCCAUCCACCGCGAAGUUCAGCAAUGCAUUUAUCACCGAUGAUGUUUAGUGCAAUGCCCGACGAUAUUUGUAUGAGCAUGAAAUUCCAUUUGAAUUCACCAAUCAUUCACAUAUCCGCCAACACUUAUCCACAAUUGCCUCUACCGAGUGUGGUCACUGUGACUGCUGGCCAUCAAUUCGCUGUUAACCGGUGGAAUUGUAACUACACGGGCGCUGUACAAGGUCCAAGCUACGCUGAAUCGAAUCAAAAUCAAAAUGCAAAUUUACCCCUCACCAUGGAUCCGGUUUUAUUGCAAACAAAUGGUAACAAUUCGGCAGUGCGUCGACAUUUGGGCGAUAAUUUUAGUCAAAAAUUGAAAAUUCGUGCAAAUUGUUUCGUUACAACGGUCGAUAGUCGGUUUCUAAUUGCGUGCGGAUUCUGGGAUAAUAGUUUUCGUGUUUAUUUAACGGAAACAGCGAAAAUUGUACAAAUUGUAUUUGGUCACUUUGAUGUUGUCACGUGUUUAUCUAGAUCAGAGUGCAAUAUUACAUCCGAUUGCUAUAUUGCAUCUGGCUCGGCCGAUUGUACCGUUUUACUAUGGCAUUGGAAUGCACGAACACAGAGUAUUGUUGGUGAAGGUGAAGUACCAACGCCCAGAGCAACAUUGACUGGACAUGAGCAAGCUGUUACCGCUGUUGUAAUCAGUGCUGAGCUGGGAUUAGUUGUGUCCGGUUCAAUAAGCGGCCCGGUUUUGAUUCAUACAACUUUUGGAGAUUUACUACGUUCAUUGGAGCCACCAAGCGAUUUCAUAUCACCUGAACUGAUUUCAAUGUCUCGUGAAGGUUUUAUUGUCGUUAGCUAUGAUAAGGGUAAUGUGGCUGCCUAUACUAUUAACGGAAAACGUUUGCGACACGAGUCACAUAACGAUAAUCUACAGAGUAUGAUACUGUCGCGCGAUGGUGAAUAUCUAAUGACGGCAGGAGACCGUGGCAUUGUUGAAGUAUGGCGAACAUUCAACUUGGCUCCAUUGUAUGCAUUCCCGGCUUGUAGCAGCGGUAUCCGUUCAUUGGCAUUAACCCACGACCAAAAGUACUUAUUGGCUGGACUCGCAACUGGAUCAAUCAUUGUGUUUCAUAUUGAUUUUAACCGCUGGCAUCAUGAGUAUCAGCAACGCUAUUAAAUUAUUCACGAGCAUACAAUAAGCGCACUUAAAUGUGCCCUUCUAGCAGAAUUUAAAGCAUUUGAAUGAAUUGGCGUUUACAAUUUAUUUUUUAAUUAGUGACAAAUUUUAUCUAAAUGACUAAUUUUUCAUUGAAUGCUUGUUGUGUUAUUGUGUCAAUGAAGAAAGCCCAAUUGAUGAUGAAGUAAAAUCAAAGCCAAAUAUAAAAACAGAAACAAACAAAAAUAACGAUUUAUGUAAUUAGUGAAAAUGAAAUAUGCGGCCAAAAUACUUAGCGACAUAGUAAUUUUAUGAAUAGAUAAUUGCGAAUCAACCAUUUUUUACUGGCUUUGAUUCGUCGAUAUAAUUUUGAUAUGAAUACGGCGAAAAUUGUUUACAAACUUCAAAAUUGUAUAUAUGGAUGAAAUGAGGUUUCGUUUAAGUCUCUUUUUUCUCAAAAUUGAUUUCGAUUUAGGCAUGUGCUGUAAAACAAUUUUUUUUAAUUGCUUUAUUCAUCUCUUCGAUGUAAAUCAGUAUAACUGUGUUUUUUUGAAUUUUUCGAUAGUAAAUGUUAUUAGUUAUGUCAUUGUAUAACGAAUCGAAGUUAAAUGCAGGAUUUUCAAUUUGUUCACAUCAUGUACAACUAAAGGAUUCAAGUGUAUUUGGUUGUACAAAAUAAAUUUUUAACUCCCAUGUGCUAACAAAUCCAUCCCCAUGCAAUGAAAGCCUGAAAAGCCAUUUUACACGUGAAAAAAACCCUUAUGAAGAUCCCUUUUUGUCAAAUAGAAGUAUUUAUUUUUUCUUGACUAUGCACAAAAUACGCUUAGAAUGAAAACCAAAAUACUUUACAAGAAUCUGCAGUUUAUCCUCUGCUUCACAUGUGCAUGAAUGAUGAAUAAAUCCGUCAUUUUGUUGAAUGGUUAAAAACAUUUUCUAAUUAAAAAAAAAAAACAAAAUCGCAUUAGCCGAAAUAUACUACUUGUGUGCAAUAGUUUCGUUUUUAAUUGUUUGUCCGUCGAUCACACAGCUAAACGCUUGCUUCUUCAAGUUGAUCGAUUCACGGAAGAUGCCAAGUGUUUAGCUUAUUUUGUUAUAAGCUGUUUAUUCUGAAAUGGAAAAUUGUGCAAUUUUCUCUCGUUUGGAAGAUGAAAAGUAUUUCGAUUAACACGAAACGAUUAUUUGGCCCGCAAUUUUUUUUAAACAUUUUUUGAGAAGAUUUGAUCGAUGUGAUUUAAUUCACGUUUUCUCUAAACAAAUAAGUUAUGCUUUUACGCAUCCAAUCCAUCCUUUUUAUGUCUUAAAUUUAUAAGUCAUUAUUUGCUAUAUUUUACAUACGAAAACAGGAAAGAAGGGAAUAAAAAAUCGUAUUAGCCGUCUAUAUGUAUUGUAUUGUGUACAACAUUUUGGUUAAUUAUGAGAUUUGAUUAUGAAUGAAUGAGAGUGAAUGAGCAAAGAUAUCUAAUCUAUCGCGCAUGAAAUAAAAAAUAAAAAUGUGAAGCUGUUAACAUUCCGCCAUCCAUUACAUAACUAUUCUUAUUACAAUUUAAAACAAGAAAAAAAAAACAAAAUACAAAAUAUUCGCUACGCCACCAAAAGUUAGAUGCAUACAAAUUAUUAAAUAGAAAAAUUUAAAAAGAAAAGCAACAACAAAAAAAGAUGCAAUGAAACGAUGAAGUAUUAUAAAUAAUAACUAACAUUUUUAUUCGUAAGCAAAAUAAAACCAUACAUUUUUUGAAAAGAAGAAGUCGUUAUGAAAUUUAACUUAUGUGAAAGAAAAACUUAAAUGAAAAAUAAAUCUGUCCAUUAAUUAAAUUACGAAUGAAAAAGAAAAUCUAUUGUAAAUACAAAUGCAUUGCGACAUUUUACAAACAUAAAUUUAAUCAGAAAAUUUAAAACAAAUAACAAAAAAAAUAACAAUGAUAAGAAUUUAAUUUGUAAGUAAGAGAAAAUUGCAUGCAAUGAAUCAAAUAUUACCUCUAGAACUGAUUCAAGAAAUCCUGUGAAUGGCUAAAGAAAACUAGGCAUAGGGAAGACUUUAAACGUUCAGGAAGGAUACACACAUUUACGAAUUUCGUUCUGUUUCAAUGUGCAAGUCACGGAAGAGAUUCGUUUCAUAGCUUGCUAAAAUCAUCUUUCAUCCAAACCGAACAUGAUUUUUUUUAGAUGUAACUUAAAACACCGAGUAAAAUUCAGCUCAUUUUUACAUAAAUUUGGAAUAGCAAAAAGCUAGCUUGCAAACUGAAUAAAAAGAAAUCACCGUAACUGAUGAUGAAGAAUAAUAAAUAUUGCACACAAAAUAAACAAGUUUAAAUACAAUUUAAUGUAAAGAAAAGUUCGCCUAAUCGACGAUAUACAUUAAUUCUGUUAUUUCUCUAGACGUUUUUUUACGAUCAUUGUUACCGUUUUAAUAAAAAAAUGGCAUGAUGAAAUAAAAUAAAAUUAAAAAAAUACUGAAACUUAACGUUCAUAGCAAAUAUGCUAAAUAGUUGAAGCUUUGAAAACCCAUGCAGCAUUUUUAAAUAAUUUAUAUUGCACGUAAUUACUAAGAAGUGCACACCAAUUUUGAAGAAGAACACUUUGAGCGCGAUUCAAUGAAAUAAACUAACGAAAAACAAAUGCCUACGUCAAAAUAGAUAAGAUUUUUUCGCCCGAUUUAAAAUGAAUCAACAUAACAGAAGAACAAAAUAAUCAUCAAUGUUUGCGAAAUGUAGAAACUUAACCUGCAAACAUAUGGUUUUAAAAUUUAGUAGAUUUGAGCAUUGAUUUUCAGUUUUUUUUCUGCAAAAUAUGAACAAUUUGAUCUAUGUUUUUUUUCAUAGAUUCAAAUUCAUUCGUAAAGUCGGUAGCUUCAAAACAAUAACAUUGCUAACUAGUGUCAUGAAGACUACAAUAUUUCAAACAAAAACAAACACCCUUCUAUUUGAAUUAGAGAUAAUCCUGAAGAAAUUAAUUAUAUGUUUGGUGUUGGAAAUAAUAAAGCUAUAAUAAUUGGAAAAA